AUGAGGAUCCCAACAUUUCCUACUCUUGUCCGAACCUUCUAUACCAUCAGCAAUUAUACCAUUUCUCGCCUACCAGCAGUCCAAUACAAAGCCCUUCAACCCAUCACUCGAGGGACUGUCCUGAAAUCCAUGCCAACUAUCCCUUUCCUCUCAGCUUUCUUCGGUACAUCCAGCUCUCAAAAGAUGUCUUAUCCAGUUCAAAAAUCGGAGGACGAAUGGCAAGCUAUCCUCUCAAAAGGUAUUGCUACCCCCACCUCACCCUUUAACCCACCUAUCUCAACCCAUUUGAACCCAUCUAACAUUUUCCAAGAACAAUUCCGAGUCCUCCGUAACCAAGGCACCGAAGCCCCUUAUGUUGGCAAAUACGACAAACACAUGCCCGACUCUGGCGUUUACGCAUGUGCUGGCUGCGACGCCCCUCUAUACAAAGCCUCCCACAAGUUCAAAUCUUCAUGUGGAUGGCCCGCCUAUUUCGAUAACAUCCCUGGCGCAGUAACGAGACAUACGGACUCUACGCUGGGCAUGCAGAGAACCGAAAUCGUAUGUUCGAAUUGCGGAGGCCAUUUGGGACAUGUGUUUAAGGGGGAAGGCCUCCCAACGCCGACGGAUGAGAGGCACUGCGUCAAUAGUGUGAGCAUGAAGUUCGCACCGGGCGAUGAGGUCGUGGAUGAGGCGAAGAAGAAUGGAGAAAGCAAGGCUUGA